AUGGAGGGCUGCGAGCUUGCGCGCGGGCUCGGGCGCUACGCUCGGCGCGCCCCGGGCCCUGGCAGGCGCCGCCCCUCGCCCGCGGCGCUGCUCCGCGCUCGAGCCCCGGGGCCAGCCCCGCGGGAGUUCGUGGCCGAGCUGUGCGCCCCGUGCGGCAACCGCCUGGGCGAGUGCCCGCUCUGGGACGACAGGAGGGCGGAGCUGUGCUGGGACGGGUCCUACCUGUUCGCCUUCGAGGACGGCUUCGCGUUUUGGGACCCGGGGUCCCCAGGCGUGCUGGAGCGCGUCGGCGGGGUGCUGGAACCUGGGCUUCCGACGCGGCUGAACGACGGCCGAGUUGACAUGCAGGGCCGCUUCGUCGCCGCGGGCUGCGUCGAGAGGGGCGACGAGCCCCUCUCUGGGGUAUACCGUGUCAACACGGACCUCUCGGUGGAGAAGUUGCGCGGCUCGGUCCGCUGCGGCAACUCCAUAUGCUUCUCUGCGGCUCUCGGGAUGGCGUUUGCAGACCCCGCCCUGGCGGACGACACUGGCGGCACGUCGGUGUCGACUAUUUGGCAUUUCCCCGAGUACGAGUCGAAUGGCAUGACGGACCCGCCCAGCCCCUUCGCUGUCUCUGGAGGAAGGCCGGAUGGCUCCGUCAUCGAUUCGGAGGGCUGCCUCUGGAACGCCGAAUUUGGCGGCGGGUGCGUGACGCGAUAUCGCAUGGACGGCACAGCGGACAUGGUGGUGCGCGUGCCGGCCUCUGACCUCACAGACGCCUCCGUGUUCGCCAACCAGCGCAUGUCGCGCAAGCACCGGGAGGAGCUGCCGGAGGGCUACGCGGGCGGCCUCUUCCGCGCGCGGCUGCCCGUGGCGGGCCAGCGAGAGGCCGCCGCCCUGCGCUUCUCGGGGCCGGCAUCGGGGCGGGAGGCCACCGUCGCCCCCCGUGCGUGCCCCUCCUUUGUGCCAUCACUCCCCUGGUGCGUGCCCCUCCGCUUCCCGUGCCAGCACUCUGGCUGCGGCCCCGCGGACGGGCGCGCACAGUGCUUGGCCGGGCCGCCGAUGGAUGGCUUGCUGACGCCGCGCUUCGAGUGGCUGCUGGGCACGUGUGGCGGCUGCGCGCUGGACCAGCUCGACCGGCGCACCCGAGGGCAGAAUCCGGAGGUUCAGCAGCAGCAGGUGCAGCUCAGCACGGACUUGUCCCACAGCCAGCGCCCGAAGCCGCAGUUGCCGCUGACGCGGGGGGACUCCCUCGACAUCACUUUCACGCCCCGGUACCUGCUGGGCGGCCUCGCGGAGAGCGCGAGGUCGAGGACGAUGACCCCGCGGCAGCAGGACAUCCAUGAGCAACUGGAGCUGCCCUCGCUGCACACCUACCCGACGCCGCCCACGUGCGGCGCCGAGGAGACUGCGGAGGAACGGCAGCGGAAGCUGCUCGAAAUGUACAGGCGGCAUUUCGGGAAAUGGGCAAUCCUCGCGGUGAGCUCUUCCACUUACCCCGCCCCUGCCCUUUCCUUUCUCCGCCCCAUGUUCCUCCCUUUGUGCCACUCAAACUCCUCAGCCUCCUUCUCCUGCAGGCAUUUCUCCCCCUGCUUUCCUUCCCUGCUGUUGUUAUUCUUAUUAUCAGAGUGAGGGGGCCGAACGGUCAUUCACUGUCCUUGGGUGCGUGGCUGAAUAGGACAUUCGUGGUGAGAAUUCUGCUCGUUGCGCUGUUGUUGU